AUGGAUGUCUUCAUGGAUGGAGUGACUGGCAACACCAGCCACGAAACAGUAGGACUAGAAGGCAACAAAGGCCACGGACUCAACCACAGUAACCCCUUGGACAUGUUUAUCGGCACGGAGCUUCUUCUGCGAUUCAAACCUCUCUUCCUGCCUCUCUACUGCCUCAUAGUGGUCGUGGCAGGAGUGGGAAACUCCUUCCUCUUGGCGUGCAUCCUGAUUGACAAGAAACUCCACAAUGCCACCAACUUUUUUAUUGGUAAUUUAGCAGCUGGUGACCUGCUGAUGUGUUUGACUUGUGUUCCACUGACAGUGUCCUAUGCUUUUGACAGUCGUGGUUGGGCUUUUGGGAGAUCUCUUUGCCACUUGGUCCCAUUGCUGCAAUGUGCCACAGUUUUUGCCUCAGUGUUUUCCCUCACUGCCAUUGCAGUGGACCGUUACAUCGUUGUAGCUCACCCAGUCCGGAGGAGGAUCUCUGUGUGGAGUUGUGCUGCAUUGACUCUGGGUGUCUGGUUUUUAUCUUUGACCCUGGGUGCACCUCCAUCUUUCUACACGCGCUACUUGGACCUGCGGGCCACUGGCAUUGACCUGGUGGUGUGUGAAGAAUUCUGGCCCAACAGUGGCGAUUUACGGUUGAUAUACUCCUGCUUCAUUCUAAUAACGAUCUAUGUGAUCCCACUGCUGUCAGUCAGCAUGUCCUACUGUGCCAUCACCGUUAGCCUGAAACGCUAUUCGGUUCCUGGGGAGCCAUCCAGCAGUCAGCAACGCUGGAGCCGGAGGAGGAAGAAGACUUUCUCUCUGCUGGUGGCCUCGGUGCUGGCUUUUGCCCUUUGCUGGCUGCCUCUCCAGGUGCUGAAUCUGAUACUGGACCUGGACCCAGACUUCCUGUUCAUAGGGAAGCGCUACAUAAAUGUCUUACAAGUUAGCUGUCAUUUGGUGGCAAUGAGCUCUUCAUGUUACAACCCCUUUAUCUAUGCCUCACUGCACAGCAAGAUGCGCAUGCACCUGAGAGGCUACCUCUGUCCCUGCCGCAACCGUAAGAGGGGCGCUGUGGAGAGAGUGGCCUCCAGGUGUUGA